AUGGAUUACAUGCGUUCUUUCGUCGGCCGUAAGCCCAAGCGUACCCAGCUGCCAACGGUAGCUACGGACGACGUCUACCCGGUUCACUUUUUUGACGAUACGAAGCCUUUUCGUGAGAUGCUUCUGAACUGGACGCUUCGCUUCGACGAUGUCCUCGACGCAGAGAAGCUCAAUCUUUCUCUUUCUCGUUUGAUCGAGAUUGGCGACUGGAGAAAGCUUGGUGGUCGCAUGAGGAUGAGACCCGACAACCAACUUGAGCUUCAUGUCCCGAAGCAGUUCACACCUGCUCGCCCUGCCAUUCGAUUUUCCCACGAUGUGCACGACUUCAGCAUCAAGGAGCACAACAUUGCCAAGCACCUCCCCACUACCACCUCCACCCCGUCAAUCCAGCCUGGUGUUAUCAACUUCUAUAACCUUGGCGCUCGUCAAGACGCUCCCAAGACGCUCGAAGACCUCAUGUGCUCCGAUGAGCCUCAGAUUGCUCUCCAUGUCGUCUCCUUCAACGAUGCAACCCUAGUCGGUCUCCUUUUUUCACACGUCAUGUUUGGCGCCGCGGGUAUGCAAGCCUUGGUGCAGGCCUGGUCGCAAGUCCUUGCCGGUCGCGAGGCAGAAGUCCCUGUUAUACACGGUGCUCACAAGGACAUUCUCGACGACGUCGGCGUGGACACUGAUCCUGAAAAGGAGGCAUACUUGCUUGACCGGCGACAGCUCAAGGGUUUCCGCCACUUCAGGUUCAGCUUACGGUUCCUCUGGGAUAUGUAUCGUCGUCCGGAAAUCGAGUCCAAAGUCCUCUGCCUGCCGGCCGACUUUGUCGCCGGCCUUCGCGCUCGCGCCAUGGCAGACCUGCACGCCAUGGACGAGAAGGGGCUAGGAACUGAAGAGGCGCCUUUCGUCAGUGAAGGUGACGUUCUCACGGCAUGGUGGACCCGCCUUGUCUGCCUCGCUCGUGGAUCUAACCGACCUGUUACUGUUCUCAACGCUGUGGAUAUCACUGGCCGUCUCAAGUCUGUCUUCGCCCCCGGAAAGCUGUACGUUCAGAACUUUGCCCUCGGAACCUGGACCCUCCUUAGCUCUGCCGAAGUCCUCAAAGCUCCCCUCGGAUACGUCGCUCGCUGCUUCCGCCACGAUAUUCAGACUCAAACCACGCCUUCUCAGAUCAUGGCUUUCAUGCGCCGUCUCCGUGCUGGAGGCCGGUGCAGUUCUCAGCCGAUCUACGGAAAUCCAAACAGUAUGCUCAUCAUUUUUACCAACUGGGCGCGUUGCAAGUUCUUUGACUGCAUCGACUUUUCUCCUGCUGUGAUACCGCGCAUUUCUGAACCGGUCACGGUCAACGGCGAUAUUCAAACCAAUGGACACACUACUGGCAACGACCCAGAAAAGACCGCCGCCAAUGCCACCGUCACGGAAGUGCUCAACCGCCCUCCUCCCGGAAAGAUCGCUUAUCACCACUCUCUGGCCCGAACGCGCAGCAUCCUUUCCCGCAAUGUGUUUACCAUUCUCGGUAAGGAUCUCCAGGGCAACUACUGGAUCUCAGCCCUCGGACACCCCGAAUGCUGGGACAAGCUCGAGAAGGAGGUCUCCAUGUCGUCCAUGGACGCGCUGAGAAACCUCAACCCCCCGUCUGCGAACUAG